AUGAGUGGACUAUAUGGCUUCUAUCAUAAUAUGGUUAGCCAAGGAUAUUCAAAACUAUUCCCCAGCCUCCAUGAGCAAUAUAAGUCUCCGGUGAUUCGUAUUGGACCGAACAGUGUCCAUGUCAAUGAACCGGAAUUCUAUCAAACCAUGUUUGCCUCGCGAACAAAGUAUCGCAAAGAUCCCCAAUUUUACGAAGCAUUGGAUGGGAAAGGGGCAUUACUAGGCAUCACUGAUGACCAGGAGUACCGCUCUUAUCGCACCCAUAUGAGCCCGUUGUUCUCUGUGCGAUUCGCGGCAGAUGCUGCACCUACAGUCCUCUUAGAACUCGAGAGGAUGUCGAGCUUCCUUGAUAAGAAGAGGACUGCUGGGGUACCAGUGGAUAUACAAUCAGUGUAUCGCGCCUUCGUUGCCGAUAUCGGUUGUCAGACCUUGCUGGGCCACGAGCUUGACUUCAUGGCAUUUGGCCCGGAGACCACACGGUUCAUGCAGGCCACAAAGGAGUUUCAAAAGGCGUCUUGGCUCGUAAUUCAAUUCCCGAACGCGAUGCGCCUUUUGAACUAUCUCCCGGCUGCAAUAAAUGCCAUCCUGGUUCCUGAACUCAUGUGGUUCAAUAAGCACUGCGCAGCGUGGUUCGAGAAAGCGCGGGAGACUCGCAAGAGCGGAGUUGAGGUUUGUCCCAAACGCUUCUUUGAUCUAUGUCUUGAUGUGCAUUCAUCGUCCGACAUGAACAUCAGAGAUAUCGUCUCUCCGGUCGCUGAUGCUUACAAUCUUCUUGCGGCUGGAAUGGACACCACUAGUUACACUCUAUCUUGUGCGACAUUCUAUCUCCUGGAGUCGCCGCACUGUGCAAGUCGGCUUCAGCAAGAACUAGCUGGUGCUGGAUUAUCUAGUUCAGAGUCGCUGGAUCUCAAGAAGAUACAGAAUCUGCCAUACCUGUCUGCUACCAUCAAGGAGGCCCUAAGACUAUCACACGGGACUCCCGGGUAUUUGCCUCGUGUUGUCCCCAGCGAAGGUGCCCAUGUCGGCUCCAUCUUUAUCCCAGGAGGUGCCAAAAUUAGCGUCACUCACCCUGUGGUCCAGCUAGAUCCGACGCUCUUCCCAGAGCCACAUGUCUUCCGACCUGAUCGCUGGUUAGAUAACGACGCCUUGGAGCGUUGGCAUAUCGGAUUCAGCAAGGGACCGCGGAAAUGCAUCGGCAUGAACCUCGCCAAUCUCCAGCUGUCCUCUUGUCUUGCUUAUCUCUUUGCGCGCUAUGAUAUGCAACUUUUUGAGACCGACAGGAAAAGUCUGGAAUGGUCCGACUACAUCGUUGCGCAGACAUCUGGGCCCAUCAAGGUAAAGAUUGUGGGCGACCGGUGGAAAUAA